CCUCUCUGUCUACCCCCGUCUUUCUAUCUUCCAUUGAUAUAUCACCUCUUGUCCUUAGGCGCCAGUUACCAUGUUCGCUGCUCGCCAAUCUUUCGGUUUCCUUCAGAAGCGGGCCUUCUCGGCCUCUGCUAGCCAGGCCUCCAAGGUUGCUGUCCUCGGUGCCAGUGGCGGCAUUGGCCAGCCUCUGUCCCUGCUCCUCAAGCUUAACCCCCGUGUUUCCGAGCUUGCUCUCUACGAUAUCCGCGGUGGACCUGGUGUCGCUGCUGAUAUCAGCCACAUCAACACUAACAGCACCGUUAAGGGCUACGAGCCUACUGAGAGCGGCCUCGCCGAUGCCCUCAAGGGCUCCGAGAUCGUCCUCAUUCCUGCCGGUGUUCCCCGUAAGCCCGGCAUGACCCGUGACGACCUCUUCAACACCAACGCUUCCAUCGUUCGCGACCUUGCUAAGGCCGCUGCCAAGGCUUCCCCCGAGGCUAACAUCCUCGUCAUUUCUAACCCUGUCAACUCCACCGUCCCCAUCGUCUCUGAGGUCUUCAAGGCCGCUGGCGUCUACAACCCCAAGCGCCUCUUUGGUGUCACCACCCUUGAUGUCGUCCGUGCUUCCCGCUUCAUCUCUCAGGUCCAGGGUACCGACCCCUCUAAGGAGGCCGUUCCCGUUGUCGGUGGACACUCUGGCGUGACCAUCGUUCCCCUGCUUUCCCAGUCCAACCACCCCAACAUUGAUGGCAAGACCCGCGAUGAGCUUGUCCACCGCAUCCAGUUUGGUGGUGACGAGGUUGUCAAGGCUAAGGACGGUGCUGGCUCCGCCACUCUCUCCAUGGCCAUGGCCGGUGCUCGCUUCGCCGAGUCUCUCCUCCGCGCUGCCCAGGGCGAGAAGGGUGUCGUUGAGCCCACUUUCGUCGAGAGCCCUCUCUACAAGGACCAGGGCGUCAACUUCUUCGCUUCCAAGGUUGAGCUUGGCCCCAACGGUGCUGAGAAGAUCAACCCCGUUGGCGAGGUUAACGAAUUCGAGCAGAAGCUCCUUGAGGCCUGCCUCGUUGACCUGAAGAAGAACAUCCAGAAGGGUAUUGACUUCGUCAAGGCCAACCCUUAAAUGAUUUAUGCUUGAAAGUAUUGCAGCAGCGUUCCUCCCUGUAUAACAGUCCUGUCACCCUAUCUGCCCCAUCAUUUCUCACUUUAUCGACUUGUAUUACAUAGGAAGAACGCGCUGCUGAUGGAGUACUCUCUUCACGGGAAUGGUGACGGGAGAUAUGACAUGUAUUUCUUAUCACAAAAUAUAAAUCAAAAUCGUAAUUACGACUUAUG